AUGUCGCACGUGCCCAAGGGCAGCAACGGUGGGCAUGAGGGCAUGAACCAGUGGGCGGCUGUGCCAGAGGGGGUGGCAGAGGGCAGACAGACGCCGUUGGCGGAUGUCGCCGGGCGCGAGCAGCAGGAGCUGUGCCCGCGCGGCGCGCUCCUCGACCCGAGCCGGCGGCACCGGACCGCGUUCACGCGGGAGCAGCUGUCCCGGCUGGAGCAGGAGUACCGCCGGGAGAGCUACGUGUCCAGGCCCCGGCGCUGCGAGCUGGCCACGGAUCUCAACUUACCGGAGACAACGAUAAAGGUGUGGUUCCAGAACAGGAGGAUGAAGGAUAAACGCCAGAGACACUCCUUGCCUUGGCCUCACCCUCUCGUCGACCCUCUUGGUGCCCUCUUGAUGGGACGCUCCUCUCCUGCCACCACUUUACCGUACCCCUUCCUCCCGCACCACCUGCCCCACCUGCCCAUCCACCACUACUCCCCGCUGGCUCUCUCCUCGCCAGCAUCCUCGGCUCACAGCUCCUACAGCGCACCCAUGAGGCCCCUGGAUGCACUCCGCCUCUCCCAGUACCACAACAGGGCGAGGGGGCUGCCUCAGACGACAGCAGCCUUCUACCCCUCCGCCAGCAUCGUGCACCAUCCACCUUCAUGUGCCUGCCCCCUUUGUCUGUACUGGGGACCAGAACAAUUCCUUAAAGCCAGAGGGGAGGCACUGGGACUGAGCCAGCCCCGUAGUACCAAGGCCAACAUGGAGCCUGCUGGUUUGGAGCGGAGAGAGGAGAUAAUGUAA